UAUUCUCAUUCAAAAGGUGGUAUUUAAUAUUUUAUAUUUCGCCCUUCCGUUCUCUCGGCGUUCACCGUUCCCGUUCGCUCGCCGUUCUCCGUUCGAGUUCGCCAAGCUCUGCGACCAACCCGCGCGCUCCACCUAGCCGUCGAACUGCUCUCUUUUGUCGCCGUCGUGAGUUCCCUAAACCCGCCACCAGACAAUACACUCAAUACAACACCAAUACUCUGCUUCAAACUCUGCAACUUCUGAUUUCUAUUACAAUAAAAAUCAUUUUUUUGUGAUCAAUGCUCAAACUCUGAAGGGGAGCCUCGGAGCAGCGGAUGAGUUGUCUCCACGUGACCUCAAGGUCACGGGUUCAAGCCGUGGAAACAGCCACUGAUAUAAUUAUCAGGAUCAAGAUACACUUGCAAUUCAACAAACCAUUCAUGCAAAACAUUCUUGGUUUACAAAGCCAACAAAAACUUUCAAACUAUUUCAAAUAUCUCAGCAUUGUUCCACAUGCGAACUCGUGAUGUUCUUGAACUAAACAACCUCACAUCUUCUUCUGAUGUAUUAGAAGAAGGUAAAGAGGUUCUUGUUCCUAUUAACUGCUCAUGCAUUGGUCAAUUUUACCAAUUUAAUAGUUUCACCUAUAGAGUCACUCAUAACACCACAUUCUAUGAUGUUGCAUGCCAAGUGUUUGAAGGAUUGCUGAGUCCAGUAACACUUUCUGAGGAAAAUGUUCCACUUGGGAAUAAACCAGAUUCUGGUUUUGAAAUUAAGAUCCCUCUCAGAUGUGCAUGUGUUGAUGAUGUCAUCAGUAGCAUGAUGAAAGUUAAGUACCUUGUCACAUACCCUGUAGUUUUAGGUGAUGAUCCGGGAAAAUUGACCAAGAAAUUUGGUGUCUCAGGUGAUGAUUUCUAUGCAGCUAAUGGCUUGAAAGAUUGGGCAACCAUUUUCCCCAAAACAUCUGUUUUGAUUCCAAUAAGGGACGUUCCAAUCAAAAUCGUUGAUGUUCAAGAUUCUCCUUCUCCACCUCCUGGUUUUCUUCCAACAACACCAGUGGAGGCAGGAGAAACCACACAAGGUUCAGAUUUAUAUAUUGCAGGGCCUCUUAUAGGAUUUGGUUUGCUCAUAGCAUUACUUGCAAGUGGAUUAUAUGUUAAGAGCUUGAAGAAAUGGAAAAAUGAUGCUGUUGUCCCCUCCAGUGAUUCAAACUCCACCAACUUCAUAUGCUCAACAACCGGAAGCUCUCCUAUGUAUAUGGAAUACAGCAGAAGAUGCUCCACAGCUUCAUGGCUGACGCCGGAUCUUCUUGCAGAAAUUAAGUACUGCUUGGUUAACUACACCAUAGAGGAGAUUGAGAAGGCCACCAAGAAUUUCAGUGAAGAAAACAAGAUUGGUGAUUUGGCCUAUAAGGGAUUACUCAAUAAUCUUGAGGAGGUGAUGGUAAAGAGGAUGAGGUUUGAAGACACAGGACAGGUAAUUGAUUUGCAUUCUAAGAUCAACCACUUUAACAUUGUGGAAUUGCUUGGUGUUUGUUAUGGUAGUGAGACCAAAGUUUCAUCAUCACCAUCAUGGUCUUAUCUGGUUUUUGAAUUGCCGAAAAAUGGUUCCUUAAGGGAGUGUUUAUCUGAUCCAUGCAAUAAUCUAAAUUGGUACAAAAGGAUACAAAUUGCUUUUGAUAUUGCAACAUGUCUUUACUAUUUACAUUGCUGUGCUUUCCCUUCAUAUGCUCACAUGAAUGUCAAUAGUAGAAACAUAUUCAUAACUUCAAAAUGGAGGGGGAAACUAGCAGAUGUUGGUAGAGCAUUGGCUAUAAAAUCCACACCCCAAAAGAGAAAUAAUGAUAGUAUAGAACUUGUUAAAGGAUGGGUGGCACCAGAAUACCUCUUGAAUAGGACAGUUUCUGAGAAAGUUGACAUUUUUGCAUUUGGGGUUGUGUUGCUUGAGUUGAUCUCAGGAAGGGACAAUUUUGAUGAGAAAACAGCGAAAGAUUCACUUGGAUUUUUGUUGGGGGAAGCAAGUGAAGGUGGGUGUUUUGAAGGGUUGAGGAGUUUCAUGGAUCCUAAUCUGAAGGAUUAUGAUCUCCCAGAAGCUUUGUGUUUGUCUUUCUUGGCAAAGGAUUGUGUUGCAGAUGAUCCAAUGUAUAGACCAACCAUGGAUGAUAUCAUGAAAGUCCUUUCAAAAAUGGUUUAAUCAAGGAGCUAGAGCAUAACAAGAAAAAUCCGCGGUUAAGCUUUGUAAUAAUGAUGAAACUUUAUUGUAAAAUGUAAAAUAUAUUGUUCAUAAUGAGUAUAAGUUUUCACAUCUUCUUAGGCUUUUUUCUAUUCUU